AUGCUCAAAUUCCUAGCUCUUCUAGUUUUGAGCUUUGCUCUCUAUUCAAAUGCCGCCGUUUUGCCAGCAUCAAGUAAGCCUAAAUUUUCAGAACAAAAAUAAAAACGAGGGAAACUAAACCAAAAUAAAAGAGAAUAAAAUAAAAUGAUGAAUCCAAUUGACCAGAAGAAGAGAGUGAGAGAGUUUAGGGGGAAAAUGUGUGAAUUUGGGUGUGGGAAAUUGACGGGUGACACCACAAAGUGCAAAACUUGACACAUUUUCAGAAUUCGCCACCUAUACCGAUUCAUUCGCCAGAAACCAGAUGUUGGCUUUGGCAUCGGCCGCCUACGCAUCUGAUCCACAAAAAUGUUUGACUAAUAAAUUUACCAAUGCGCAGGUUGGUUGGGUUUCCCAGGAACUUCUGGGCCGGUUGGGUUUCCCAGGAACUUCUGGGCCAGGAAGAUAGAAGGGGCUUUUUAUAGGCCGAACAUCCGGGCUGGAUUCUGGAGAGAAAGAUAUAAUUGGACUCUGUUAGGCUUUAGUUUCCCUGCUUUAUUUUGGAAUUAGGCCUAAACUAAGAUCUUGGAAUCUAAAGCCUGAGUUCCAGACCAAAAUGUAUAUUUAGGCUUAUCGACAGGUUAGACUCAUGAAGUCAAAAACCUAGGCGUACCAAAAUUUUGAACGAAAUUUUUGUAAUGAAAAUCUAGACAAUUUUUUUCUCACAAAAAAAUCGUACAAAAACGAAAAUCGUCCUCAAAAUCAAAAAGAGCGAACGUUCUAGAACAGAAAAUUGUUACACUGUGUACAGCAAUUUUUCUUUUUCAAAACUCACAAAAAAAUAUUUCGAAAUGAGGAAAAAUUGGAAAUGACGGAAAUCAAAAAAUGUUCACGUCACGUUUUCAAAACAAAAUAAAUAAUUUGACAUUUAUAUUUUUUUUCAAAAAAUAAUUUCUAGGAAACCUCAAGUUAGUCUAACUAAUUACUAUCACUAUAGUAACACUUUCUCAUCAUUGCACUUUGCACGCGCGAAAAAACUAAAUAACAUUUCUCGAAAUUUUCCAGUUGAAACGUCAAAUCUAUGUGAAAAAUUGUGCACUUUUGAGCAACGAUGUUUGCUCCGGUUACACGGCGGUUCUUCACGAUGAUAAGGCGAUUGUUAUCAGUUUCAGGUUAGACAAAAAAUAGCUAGAAAAUGUUUCGAAAACGCACAUGUUUCAGAGGAACUCAAGGAUUUUUACAAUUGAUUUCGGAGGCUAACAAGAGUGUUUUCGAGAGUCAAAUGGCGUGGGUUUCGGGUGGAAAAGUUUCGAAAUAUUUCGGCGAUGCUUUUACCAAAGUUUGGAAUAGUGGAAUGAAGGAUGAUUUUAAUGCUUUGGUGGCUCAAAAUCCAGGAUACACUAUUUGGGUGAGCAUAAAAAACUUCAGAAAAUAUUCACAUAGGGAAUAUUUUGCAAGUCGCACUUUUUUGAAAAUAAAAAUUACCUAGGUCUCUGGACACUCGCUUGGUGGAUCUCUUGCAUCUCUCGCCGCCUCAUUCAUCGUCGGCACAAAACUUGUCGAUAGUCAAAAUGUGAAAUUGGUGACCUUCGGAGAGCCAAGAACUGGUAACAAACCGUAUGCUUUGGCCCACGAUUUGCAACUUCCAUUCACUUAUCGUAUUACACAUAACCGUGAUGUUGUUCCACAUAUUCCAAAUGAGGGAUUCAUGGAUUAUUAUCACAAUAAAUUCGAAGUUUUCUACAAGGAAUCAAUGAAAGCCGGUGCAAGUUAUACAGUUUGUGAUGGAGAUGAGGAUAAUAAAUGCUCGAAUGGUUUAUGGAUCACCACAUCUGUCGAGGAUCAUUUGCAUUACUUUGAACAUGAUAUUAGCGAUUGGGGAGAGAAGGGCUGCAAUUAA